CUUCAGCGCCCUCGAUCCAUGGGGCUACUUAACAUUCUUGCAAAGCAGUUGUUUAUGAACACCCACAUGCAUCUAACUUUCUAGAAAAUUAGAAAACUUCAAUGUAACAGAUUUCUCUAAACAAGGCUAAACUAUAUAAAAAGUAUAUUGAAAAGUCUAUUUUUAACUUGUUUCAUUCUGUCUAGAUUUCUGUUGGGACGGUGUUUAAUGUUUGAUCAGAUAUGUCCACCAUAUGUGUGGGAAUCACUUUCUGAUGCCCUCAAUGGUAAUACAUAAUCUGGUAACUAUGAAUGUUCUGUGAGAUCAGAGAGACAGAAAUCUGCCUUGUUUUCAUCCAGGCUGCAUGAUCGUUGUAAUGAGCUGUAGUGUGUAGUGUGCUGAGCUGACAGUGAGCAGGGCAGGCAACUGCAUCCCAGAGGUGUGGGGGAGGCCUCUAGCCCGGAGCGCCCACUCUUCAUGGACUUCCCUCACUGCCCAGGUCCACAGCUCUCUUGGCAUCCCUGCAUCUUAGGGUUUGGGAAGAACUGGUCAUCUUCAGAGAAGUUGCAGAUUAAGUCCUUCUUUGUAUCAGGCAAAGAAAGAUGGGGUUUAUUGGCUUUUCUUAAAAGCAGAUUAGUAGUAGGGGCAAGAGAAAAGGACGAAAGAGCAGAAGAUGGAAGGCAAACUCAUUGUUUCACAGGCAGCUGGGCUCUUUCUGGGGCAGAAGGGGUGGAUUUUGUAUGCAAAUUAACAGCAGAAAAUACUUGUUUCUGGUACAUAGGUAAUGGAAGUUUUCACCAAUGGUAUGGGAAUAUGCUUGCUGGAAUGUCAUCACUUACAUAUAACAGUCACCAGUGAUCUUUGGGAAAAAAUUGUAUUAACUCUUGAAUGUUCCUCUCUUCUUUUUAAUAGGGAAAUCAUAAGAAAUGAAUUUUAAUGUCUGGAGUAUCAAAGAGAUGCUCAGUAUUCCCUCAGGCUCUGGGACCACUAAGUCAUCUCACUGGACUAAUAAUCAGACUGAUUGCUCCAGCCUCAGUGAUUCGCAGUUCCUCUUUGGAUCCCAGUUCUAUCCAGAAAAUUCAGAGACCCUGCCAGCUCCCUUGGACUUUGGUGUCCACGCGAGACACCCCAAACAGUCACGGCAGAACCUUCUAGAUAAUGAACCUAGUAUUUUCACAAAGUACCAGACAAAACCCCAGCUGUUUGGAGGAUACAGAAAAGAUGGAGCCUUAUUUCCUCUUCCUUUGUCGGCUGGAAAACCAAAAGGCCUCUGGGAACAGUUUGAGGAGGAAAAGAAAAGGGCAGAGGAGCAGUGUGACAGUGAGACUAUACGCAACUUCACUUCCUAUGUCAGAGAAAGCAUUCACAAGUUGCAGACAUCUGUGGAAAACUUGGAGGAACAUCUCAGUUCAAGAAGCCAAUCUAUUUUGGAUUCUUUGGCGACUGUAGCCAAGACAUUGCAGGAGACGGUGCAGGCCCAGAGCACCCUAGUGCUGAAAGCAGUGCAGGACGGAGGCAGCACAGAGCAGGCCAUCCUGGAGAUGCAGAGGAGCUUCGACACUACACAAGCAGAGUUUACAGAAAUGAGGUCUGACCUGAAGCACCUUGAAGUUUUAGUUGCCCAGCAGAGCCAGGUCUUCCAGCAGCUGUGUGAGCAACUGGGCUGGGUGAAUGUGCCCAGUGUCCUAGCAGAGCUGAAGAGGUGGAUCUCAGAACGCCGGGUUCCCGGGUCUGUGAAAGACAGCGCAUCCCAGACCUCACCACCUCCGGCCCGGAGCCGCAGAUGCACCAGGAAGGACAGCUGUGCCCCUGCAGGACCAGUGAUGUGGCAGGCCCGGGCCCCGCCUGCCACGUGGGCCCUUGGUGUAGGCUCUGUGCAGCCCGGGGCACUCGGCAUCGGGGAGGAAGGAGCCCAGAGUGACGCUCUCCAAGACGACCCGGUGCUGCUGGCGCAUAGAGCCUGCCAAGGAGCCCUGUGCUUGAAGGACAAGGCCGUGCAGACGAACCGCAAGGACAGGGCUGGUCGUAAAACAAGCCCUGAGCACCAGGGUGCCAGCGUCCCAGGACACAAGGCUCCUGGUGACAGAGACCUGGUUUCCCAAGGUCCUUCCAGACUCACAUCCCUGGACUUGAACAACUUUGCAACCAGCACUAAGAACACCUGCCAAAAAUGUCAAGCCAAAGGCAUGUCUUUGUGUGACUCUUGCAAACACAGGUUGGUGCCCAGACAGAAAGGCAGAAGUGUCGGAAGGAGGAGGAAGGGCAGGAAGCUGCAGCCCAGGAGGGCCCACAGAGGCAGGAAGCGAGAGCCCACCCCGGAGAGGCCCAAACCCCUUGCCCAGCCACCAGUCCGCCCUGCUCGGGGCGUCACAGUCACAGCCCAGAAGGCAGUGACGGCAGAGCCAGGGGACCACCUGCAGCUGGGUGGACACGCCCCCCGAGACGGCCUGCGUUCUCAAGGCCCCCAGGGGCACCGGCGGACAAGUUGGCUGGGCAGCCUCACCCUCGGGCUUGCAGAGACCCCUCUGCGCAAGGAGCCGCGGAAGAGGAGGCUCUACGACCUGGGCUUCGACAGCAGCGAUGAUGGCUUCUGACUGGCCCUGGGUCCGCAGCUGCUGCUUGCUGGUUUCGGCGGGAAGAACCGCGGAACACUGGGCAGGCAGACAGCAGAAGCCCCGAGGCCUCCUUGAGGCCAGAGGCCCUGCUGCGGGGGGGCAGGGCAGGGCUUGUGAUGGGGGCU